GCUGAUAUCACACAGUAUUUCUCUGUCACUGCCUUUUCCCAGACACGCAUUGGCCAGUUUCUUCACAGCACCAUGCCGAUCAAGGAGCAGCCUACCUGGAAAAUGCACUUUCUGUAAAUUGUUUUGUUUGUGCAUUUACCACUGAGGGGAAAAAAGGAACUCGGGCAGAAUCAAAGUUGGAGGAAGGACAGCCGAGCUUCCCUCUAGUCCAGUUCUCUCUGUCCAAAAGAUGUCAGCAUCCCCUGCCAGCACCCUAGGAAGGGGAACCAAAACCUCUAAAGCGUCAAAGGAUCAUAAAAAGCCUACACCAGCUGCACUCAAAGGCGCCAUCCAGCUGGGCAUCGGUUAUGCUGUGGGAAACCUCAGCUCGAAACCAGACAGAGAUGUUCUCAUGCAGGACUUUUCUGUGGUGGAGAGCGUCUUCCUGCCAAGUGAGGGUAGCAACCUGACCCCGGCACAUCACUUCCCAGAUUUCCGUCUGAAAACAUACGCCCCACUGGCUUUUCGCUACUUCAGAGAGCUCUUUGGCAUCAAACCGGACGACUAUCUGUACUCCAUAUGCAAUGAGCCGCUGAUAGAGCUGUCCAACCCCGGUGCUAGCAGUUCCUGGUUUUACCUCACCAGCGAUGAUGAGUUCAUCAUCAAGACAGUGCAGCCUAAAGAGGCAGAGUUCCUGCAGAAGCUGCUUCCUGGUUACUACAUGAAUCUCAAUCAGAACCCGAGGACGUUACUGCCCAAGUUCUACGGCCUCUACUGCAUCCAGUGUGGAGGCAUCACCGUUCGAGUGGUGGUCAUGAACAAUGUGCUGCCGCGAGCCAUGAAGAUGCACUACAAGUACGACCUGAAGGGAUCCUCGUACAAACGCCGUGCCUCACGCAAAGAGCGUUCCAAGCCCUCACCCACAUUCAAAGACCUGGACUUCCAGGACAUGCACGAGGGCCUGGUCUUUGACCCGGACACAUAUAGUGCCUUGAUGAAAACCUUGCAGAGGGACUGUCGGGUCCUGGAAAGCUUUAAGAUCAUGGACUACAGUCUCCUGCUGGGGAUUCACGUUCUGGAUAGGAAGCCGCUGAGCAGAGGAAGCAGAUGUGACAGCAGGAGAGGACAGAAAGUCCUCUACUCCACCGCCCUCGAGUCCAUCCAGGGGAAUGUCAAGGACCCAGAACCAGUGGCAGAUGAUGACACAUUGGGUGGAAUUCCUGCCAAACAUAAAGACGAGAGUCUGCUCAUCUUUUUAGGAAUUAUCGACAUUCUUCAGUCUUACAGGUUCGUUAAGAAGGUGGAACACUCCUGGAAGGCUCUUGUACAUGACGGGGACACAGUGUCAGUGCACAGGCCCAGUUUUUAUGCAGACAGAUUUCUGAAAUUCAUGGGCACGACUGUUUUCAAGAAGAGCCAUCCUUUAAGGGGAGCAUCUUCAAAAAGGAAGAAGAACUCUCUUUAUGCAAAGUCAGUCUCCCAGGAGAUUCUGUCACCGCUGAAGGAGAUGAAGGAGGAGAAGAAAGCCCAAAGCAUGGACAACCUGGAUGGAAACUUUUACAGUUCCUCCAAACAGCCGGAUCUUCUACCUGAGUCUGCCGUUUCUUUAAAACUGAGCGGAAAAGAGGAAGAAGACUAUGAAAACAGUGAAGACCGACGAGCCUCCAGUUCAACGAUUGCUCUGGACGAUCCACUGCCGUCCCUCAGCAGAAGCCAAUCUGACUCUGAACUGGAUGUCUACUUGUGAGGAGAAACAAGGUUAUUGCUCCUUUCCAACCACCUGCACUUGUGAACUUUGAAACACCAACCGCAGUCCAACAACAUGAAGGCAUCAGGACUUCAGCAAACAUGGCACAAACUACAAGAAGUAGCCUGUUCUUCUCAUUUUCUCCACUGUGAGCAUCACUAUGAUCCUUGUAGAAGCGUAAUGCAGUCACUCGAGAAAAAAAAAGUCCCGUGUUUCAAUCUCAGAAAAAAUCUGCUCUGUUUUUCCAAAAUAAUGAGAUGCCUCCUCCAUGAAUGUGGGAAUGUUCUUCCUGCUUACGCCGAGUAGGGCUUGUUACUUCUGCUGCCAGUUUUUAAUCCAUCUGUACUUCCAUUGACUCCCAAAUCUUCUAACAGCUUUUUACUUUUACUCUCUACACUUUAACCACUUUCUAUACUUUACAUUUAAUAAUCGUACUUUAGUUUUAAAACAUUUGAGGUGUGUUAUUAUUUCACUGUGCACCUUCCAGACAUCAUAGCAAUAUGAAUGUAUAUGUAGGGAAUGAUAACACAUAAAAGACAGUCCCACUGGUGUAUCUGUCAACUGAUUUGCAAGGUGUAGAGUUGAAAGAUGCAAAUACACACAAAAAAACCCCACACAUGCAGGGAAGAUGAGUGUGAAGCAAAGACAGAGAAAAGUACAGCUCGUGAUGUCAUCACAUGAAAUCAAGACACUGCUGUUAGCAUUGCACAAAAAUAGCUAGUGAAAAAAGAAAUACUUUUUAUUUUCGAGUCCAAACUUUUGACUGGUUCUAUAAAAAAUUAAACUGGACUAAUCUAAUUCAGGAAAACAGAGCAGUUUUUUUAUUACAUGUUUUUGGAAUUUCUAAGAUAAGUAUCCAAAUUAAUAAUUCAGAAAAAUAUUUUUAAUUUCAAGAAAAGUUAUAUAAGAAUUAUUGCAUGUACAUCUUGUUCAUUUAAAAAAAAAAAUGGCUGCAUUUGUUCUUGAAAAAAAGUGCAUUAGGCUCUGUUGUUCCUCUUUCUUUUAAUGUUAGGUGAAACUCGACUUUCCAAAUCAAUGGAAACACCUCUACAACUAGCAGAUAUGUUAAUGUGUUAAUGUGUAUUAGUAGCACUGAACUACUGUGCUGACGUGCAGUAAAACACUACAAAGCUGCUUCUUUGCCUGUUAUCGUUUACACUGCUGCUAGUAAAUCCUUGUGUUUCUUUGCUGAUAUUUCUGAUUUUCUGUAAAUGUUUAAAUUUCUCAGUGGCUGGUUCCAUGAGGAAGUAAACAUCAGCUCAUCAGCUUCAGAAAUAGAUCAGUGCUCGUUUGUCUUGUAUUUACGUAGAGCUAUGUUCAAAGAUCAUUCAGGUUUUUCAGAUGUAUGUGUGAAAAUCCACAUUAGUUGUUCAGUUCAGUUCAUUUUUUAUUUCAAACAUAUACAUUCACCAACAUAUCACAACACCAGUGUACAACAACAACAGCUGUUGUACAUUCACUCACAUUUGCAUGAGUAACGCCCUGUUUUAACCCCGAAGAACAUUACAAAAUUACAUGAUUAAAAAAUGAAUAAAAAGACAAAUUCAUUAGAUGAACUGAAUUUUCAGACAAACUUCCCAUUCAUAAUGACUACUUUGCAACAUACCACAAUAGCUUACUAAAAUUAGCACUCACGGAGCUGCUGGCAUGGCUCUUACACCUGUUUAAAUAUACAGAAGAUUUUCUGCUACGUAAGACUACGUAAGAUUUUCUUCUACGUCAUUUCACAAAGGUCAACUUUCAUGCUAUAAUGAUGUUUGAACACGUGACAAUUUAAAGGAAAGAACUGGACCCUUGCCCUCUGCAGUAAAGCAACACGGUCGGUGUUGUGGUUUCACUCCAUUUGUCACGAUGCUGUGGCUCUGGGUUAUCACCUCUGUCCUCUGAUGAAAUGUUUCUUUGCUAAUAAGAGUUCAAAGAAUGAUAAAAAGAGUGAACAUUUUGUGAAAUGUAUGACAUUGCCUUUCAAACCCAACUGAACACCUACUGUAGAAGAUUUUGUGUUUUAGUUUUAUCCCCUGUUGAUGGACUGGGGCUCUAACGCUUUGUGAACCUAAGUGCUUAAGAAGAUAACUGGAUGGUGGAUCCCUUCCACCAAAGUUUCUGAGACUACCCACCUUUUCUUUUUCUUCUAACAUUUCUUAAAAUCUAAAUCAAUACAAGAUGAUAUAAUAAUAAUAAUAAUAAUAAUAAUAAUGAUAAUAAUGAUAAUAAUAAUAAUAAUGUUGGUAAAACUAGACAAGGUGAUAUUCUGUUUAUAGUGUGUCAUACCUCAUUACACCCAUUUUAUCUACACUGGCGUUUCAUAAAACUAUAUCCUGUUACAAACUGUGUAGUCCUCUGUAGUAAAAAGACACCAUAGUGUGUCCCAUGUAUAUACUGUCUUCUUAUCUUCCACAUGCCUUAAAAACUUUAAAAAUCCGUGCUUUAAGAUGCUUUGUAGGCCUAUAAUUGUACUAUAGCAAUACUUUACACUUGUAUCA